GGAAGUGUUUUGCUCUGAAUGCCGGUGACUGAGUGUGAGCUUUAUUUAUUCAGCGCCGAAGGACUGAAUCAUUCGCUGAAUGUAACCAGCAAUCGAAACAUAAAUAGGCGAGAGCAGAGAUGUGGUGAGAUCGAUCAUAUUACACUUACAUAGCCUCUGUGUAUGUUUUGUUAACUUUACUGCACUUCUUGCUAUGCUAGCUAUGCUAGCUGUUUAGCUACGAGAAUUACACAGCGGUCCAUCUGACUAGUUAGAAUUGUUUUUUUUUUUUUUUUUGGGCAGACAAAAUUAAUUUCUUAUUAUUCUUAUUCUCAACUACUUAUGUUUAUUCAGAUCCAUGUUUGAUCAGAUUCGCCUCAGCUUUAUAGUUUUAUGGCUACUUAUGUCACAGGAUUACUCCAAUCUGGUUAACGAAGCAUCCAGAACAUCUUGUUGGCGUUGUAGGACACCUGUUUCUUGUUUUUUUUUUUUCUUCACAAUUACAAUCUCUCAAUGAUAAGCUCCGUUUAGCUCAGCUCUCAGUGUUCAGAGAGGAAAGGAGGUUAUUGUUACACCAUGUCUGCCUCACAGAACUCAUGUGAAACCCAUAAGACCAGCAUUGACUGCAGCACUAAUGGAGGUAUAGCACAGGAGAACUCAGACGGUGCUGAUGAACAGUCUUUAUCGGUUUCACGGUUACUUUUAGCUAGGAAAAAGAAAAUAGUCCUUCAUAUUGAUCUGAACAACACAAUCCUGGUUUCUGAUGCUGUUACAAAACAAGGGACUGUAGCUGCUCUUGAGUAUUUUUUGUCCACUGUGACCUGGGGACGGAUGUCAAAAGGAAAAUGGGAGUGGAUGUGUGAGUCUCCAUCUCUCCUCCCACCAUGCAAGGAUGCUGUGAGUUACUACUCUCAGUUUGGUAGAGUAGUAGGUUUCACCACUGUUGGGCCGGGCAGGCGUUUCCGGAAGGUUCUUGAGGAGCAUCUCAACCUGCUGCGGUGGCCUUCUGACCUGCCUGCACACAAGGAGCUUUCUGUAAAAGGAGAAGAUGGAAAGCUGUACCACUGGAUUCUGCCCUCUUUCUUCCAUCUCUUGCAGGAUCUGGCCUCACAAGGGAUUGAGUUUUCUAUCUUCUUCCGUACGUUCGGCACAGACCUUCCACGUCUGUUAAAGGUCGUUCGACAGGUCCUUGAGCACGGAACCCAUCCACUCUUCUCUGUACUUCCAGAGCUGAAGCUAAGCGUGGACACAACACCAGGGCAGAUCAGAUGCAACACGAAGGGUGUGAUUCUGAUUCACGGAGAUUUGCGCAUAUCCACACAGGACGGGGAACGCAAUCUGUACAGAUUCUUAAGCUCCUCACAGGGUCUGGGUGGCUUCCAGGACCAAUUCAACUGGUGGGCACAAAACACAUACUCCAUUAUGGGAGGAAAGCCAAUGUGGAUCGACCCAUUUGACUCCACAAUCCAACACAUCUUUAUAGAUGACAACAUCCGCCAAAACAACGAUGACACUAUUGUGCACCCUAAGGUAUUUCUGGAUCCUGAGAGCUCAGAGACCCGCACAGCCUCCACUUCAGAACUCUAUGACCUGUGUCUGAUUCAGACAGACCUCCUCAGGGCCAUUUCUGAACCCAGCUACUUCACCGAGCGUAUUCUGAUCUGCAUGGAGAACUAUGAGAAGAACCUUAGACAGCAACUCUGAUAAAUUGCACAUAUUUCCUUCCAGGAGAAUCAGUACUGAGUUCACCUGAAUGUUAUGCACUAAACAAAUUUGAUUUAUUAACAAUUCUGGAAGAAUCAUCUUCAUGCAUUCAUCAUACAGUCAUGCAUUAGGGCAUGUUUUCAUUAUUGAAAAG